AUGACCGACACGCUAAGAGCGAUGGUCGGGAUGGGACUAUCCGUGGGCCAGAUCGAGACGAUGCUGAGCGGGCUAGGCUUGAAUCUUGCGACGGUCCGCGGCGAGGUUGAGAAGUUCGUCGGGAGCCCGAGCAUCUCGCUUCAGCGACAAUCGUCGAUCGGACUGGAACUGCUGCAGGAUUCGCAAGGCAACAACGACACGCUGGUGGCCCAGGUGGUGGCGUCGCUGGAGUCGGAGCUGGAGGACCCCCCGGAGCGGUUCCGCGACCCGGUGUCUUACAAUCUGAUGAACGAGCCGAGGGUGAUCGAGACCGGUCACGUGUUCGACGAGAGCACGGUGUUCGACGAGAACGGCGAUUUCCGCUUCGACACGUGUCCGAUGACGCGGCGAGAGAUACAGCCCUUGGCGUUUCCGAUCGUGUUCCUCAAGAAGGAGCUGAUCGAUUACAAACUUCGUCGGCUGGACGCGGUGCUGGCGGCGGCUGGUCGGCUGCCGGGCGGGAAACCCCGCGACGCUCUGCUCCGCGUGGGCAAGGCGCUGCUGGAUCAGCUCGGGAGCGGGACGUACAUUCACCGCGCGGAGAGGUACUGGACGCUUCGGGUAGACUCGAUGGAGCCCGGUCCCGAGCUGGUCGAGGUGGUCGGCGCGCUUGCCGCGGAAGAGUCGGUGGGUAAGCUGGACGCGUCCUCGCCGCUUCGCGCGCUGUUCGAUGGGGCUACCGCGAGGCUAAUCGAUGCUGGCGCGGCGACGCGGGAGGGGUGCGACGCGAUGCUCAUCGUGUACGACGCCCGCACGCUCGGCCCGCACUAA